GGAAUUUGAUAUUUGGGAGAAGUAGAUUUGGAUUUUACUUUUACUUUUGUAUUUACGUUGACAUUUGCAUUUGCAUUCGCAUUUGCAUCUCCUUUAUACCUACGAUACACAGAAUCGGAAAGGAAAGAGAGUCGCGAAUAUCUAAGAUCAGGGAAAUUCGAAGCCGUGUUUUUUCUUUCUUUUUCUUUUCGGGGUUUUCGAGAUUUCAAAAAUAUCAAUCGAAAAUAUGGCAAGUGCAGAAGCGGAAAUGACUAUGUAUCCGAAGACGCCGAGGAAUACGGUGCAGAGAUAUAAACCGAGGGCAAAAUAUGAUCAUCACACGAUUCAUACUAUUAUCAAUAGUUCGCCCAUUUUACAUGUUUCUUUCCACACCCCCUCCCCCGAAGAUCCCUUCCCCGCCAUCCUCCCCAUGCUAGGAUUCAUGGGACUCUACGAUGCGCAAAACCCGACGGAGGAAAAUAUUAACGAAGGAGCGAAUUUAUAUUUGCAUGGGUAUGUCAGUAGUCGGUUGAUGAGGAUGGGGAAGAAAGCUUCAGAGGAAGGUGAGGGAAGCGACGGAGAAGAAGGAUUGCCGAUGACGGUUGCGGCGAGUUGUUUGGAUGGAUUGAUUUUGGCACUUACGCCGAAUAACCAUAGCUACAAUUACCGCAGUGCAAUCAUACAAGGUUAUGGUCAAGUCGUUGAGGACGCCGAUGAGAAAUUGUGGGCAAUGGAAAAAAUAACCAACACCGUCCUCACCGAUCGAUGGGAAAACACUCGUGUCCCUCCUACAAAAACAGAAAUGACUACUACCCAAAUCCUCCGCAUAACCCCCCACACCGCCUCCGCCAAAAUCCGUCGCGGUCCACCCCACGACGACCGCCACGAUCUCAAAGAUGCAGAAUUGAGAAAUCGAGUAUGGACGGGUGUGGUACCUGUGCAUACCGUGUACGGAACGCCGAUUAGAGGGGAUGAUUGCGAGAUUCGUGAGGUCCCACAACAUAUCACCAACUUCAUCGAUGCGAAGAAUAAAGAAAACAAGCAAUUCGCCAUCGACCGCGCUGAAGAUGAGGCAAAGUAAAUUCUUACUCAAAUUCGCGAUCAAAUUCGAAAAAUGGAAUAAAAUAAAAUACGGUCAUGGGAUUUAGAACUGAGAUGGGGAAGGACUUGAUGAAUGGUUGAUUUAUUGUUUGUAGAUUGUGAGUUUGGAGGAAAGAGGGAAAGAGGGAAAGAGGGAGAGCUCGUCUGAUAUUUGUAAAUUGAGCACAAUUGGGAUUUGAUUAUUUUAUUUUCUGGGUUUUCUGGGUUCAAAUUUGAUUUGGUUUGGCUUGGUUUGAGUGAUGAUGUCGGGGAUUCUUCUAGUGGUAAUUGGUAAGAUCA